ACACAUAAGAGGGCACCCAUUUUUGUUGCAUGGCAGAUGUGGCCAUUGGCUGUGAUGGUUAAUCCAGAAUGCUGGGUUUGACACAAGCAGGAUUUAGACAUAGCCAUGACACUAACAUCUGUCAGUAUCCUGCUGCAAGCUCCCAAACCCAGACGGCACAACAGCGAAAUAUUAUUGUCUUUCUGUUUGGAUAAAAGAGGAGGGAGGCACACCGUCAGUAGAUUCAGAACCUGAGCUGGCGCAGCAAAACCAUGGGCAAGGCGGGGAGUAAAGUUCUGAGAGAGACCUUAGAGGAUGGGGUUCAAGACCAGCAUCCUCCUCCUCCUGCUGACCCUGACCCUGACCCUGUCCCUGUCCCUGUCCCUGACCCUGCUCCUGCUUCUGUCAAAUUUGAAGGACUCACUAAAACAAACAGGAUGAAGGUGAAAUGGAGCCAGCUGGGUUUGUCGUUUUUCCUCGUGCUGUCCCUGGUGAUGACAGGAUGCUUCUUCUGGCAAUAUCAGAUGCCAAAACUUCUGCGAGAUGAAGGGAGGGGUCGCAAUGCCGAAUCAGAGAUGAUGUGUCCUCGCUUCCCCGAGCCUCUCCAGCUGGAGCAUCCUAUCCCUAGCCUGAAGGAGGCUCUGGAAAAGGUGGAUGUUUUGCUUCGACAGACCGUCAACCCCAUCAGCCUUCCCUCACUGUCGGCCAUUGUGAUCUUAAAUGACACUGUUUUGUGGACUGGUAACUUUGGAAAAAGGAAUAGCAGUGACCCUCUGUCAGGUGCCCCAAAUGAGUACACAAUUUACAGAAUUGCAAGCCUAUCCAAAAUCUUCCCGACCUUGAUGCUGUAUAAACUGUGGGAGGACGGGAAGAUUGGCUCCCUGGAUGAUCCUCUGGAGAAAUACGUGGAGAACUUUACCAUCAAAAACCCCCUGGGGAAGUCACGGGACUCGGAGCUGAAGUACGUGACAGACGGUCUGAUAUUUCUUGACAGUGGGGAGGUUCAGAUCCGCUCGUCCUCUGUCACUCUGCGCAGGAUGGCCAGCCAGCUCUCAGGCCUACCCAGGAGACUCCGGGCCACAAGCCUGCUUUGGAAAGGAAAAACACAAACUGCAAUUAAUCUGCUUCAAGAUGAUGUCCUCGUCGCAGACCCCGGCACUAAAUGUCAUUACAGCAACCUUGCCUUCUCGCUGUUGGCUCAUGUGAUGGCCGAGCGAGUGGCUGCCGUGGACUACCAGCGCUGGAUCACAGACAAUGUUCUGGAUCGCCUGGGGAUGGAGGACACAGGCUUUGACAUAACCCCCGGGCUCCAGGGCCAAGUGGCUGUGGGAGUGUACUCCAACGGAAAGCCCGCCCCGCUCUACGACCUGGGCUGGUACCGGCCCUCAGGUCAGAUGUUUUCCACUGCUGCAGACAUGGCCAAGCUUGCUAUGAUGCUGCUGGGCGCUUAUCACCGCAAGAUGCUGGAGCCAGACUCAUUGAAGAUCAUGCUGACCCCCCUCUUCAGGUGCGAAAAGGAUUACUUUGCCAACCGUACUGGGACGCCGUGGGAGGUGAAUGAGUUCAUGGGCUACGAGAUGGUUCGUAAAGAUGGCGAUCUGGACGGGUACUCUGCCACCUUCUCCCUGGUGCCAAAACUGAAGCUUGGUCUGGUGGUGCUAAUGGCUGGUAGCCGGUCUGAGAAGCAAGACUUGGUCACUAAGGCCUACUCCUACAUUAUACCAGCCAUAGAAAGAGCCUUUAGGGAUGCUACAAAGGUCCUUAAUCCUCCGCCAAAACCAGAACCUUACAUCGGCUUUUUCACCUACAGCAACAUCACCUUCUAUGAGAUCAAAGUCGGGCCGGACGGCGUUCUGAUUAUGCAACAGUUUGGCCCUCAAAUUGAAGAGCUAAUCCCAGAGAAGUACAGGACAAUAAAGCUGAACUACCUGGUGGACCGGGUGUUCAGAGUUGUUUUCGAAAAAGAGUAUCCUUGUGUUUUGCAAGUAGGCACAGCCUCAGUGUCCCUGGAAGCCCAAGAUGGCCAGCUAUUUAACUUCUACACGUUUGACAAGCGUGGUUUGUCCCCUGGCUUCGAUGCACCAGGACUUAACACAUACAAUGUGGUAAGAAUAGCCCGCAGACCAACUUUCUCAAGCUGAAUUGCAAUGAUGCUGCGACCUAAAGACAACUGGUGUGUCCUUGGGACAUGUACGGUGUUGUAAACAAAAAGAGGGCUUUGAAUACUAAAAGACUAAAUGGAAAAGUUGGUAUCAAUUGGGCGGACAAAUAAAGGAUUGUGCUCUUGAUAUACAAAGAACACAGAGAGGGAAGGCAAAAAUAAAUAAUGUCUUGCAAGGGAAAUAUGCUUUAUCUGAGAAAUGAUGUGUAUGACUAUCCUUCAUUAUGGAUCCAAACUGAAGGUUCACUUUAUUGUGAUGUAUGCAUGUGUUUUUCCUGCCUUCAUUCAAACCACUGUUACAUUGUCUUGGUCUCCUCUGUCCUUGAAUUUUAAUGAAAGAGAAAAAGCAUAACUCCUGCUCUCAACAAAAUCCUGUUGUGGUCAUUUAUAUGAAUAUGAACCUAGAUAUAAUUUUAGAUUUUUGAACUAUGAUUGCUAUUUCUAAAAACCCUAACCCCAAGAACAUACAUAUUCAGGCUCUGUUGGUAAGGGGAACAAAUAUUUCAUUUCUUUGUUACAAUGAACUCUGCUUGUGGCAGCUAGAAUCAAAACACUUUCAUAGUCAUGAAAAUGCAUCACGUUUAUUUAAAUGCUAAGGUUGCCUCAGGUAGAGAACUGCAGAUUAAAUGACUAGAUAUAUUCAUGAAGAUAACAAUUAUUUUUGAUUCCCCAAUGAGAGGUGACUAGGGACGGAGAGGGUUUUGGUUGCCUUUUUGACUUCUUGCUGUUUAAUCCGUAGAAAUGGACUCUAAUUUGUCCUGAGCCUAGACCUCGAACUCCAGCAUGAAUAAUACACUGCUCUGACAGCUGGUGGUAAAAGUGUAUCCCAGUAUGCAAAAAUAACAAUCAGAAGGCAAAGGCUGAUUUCUAACCUUUUAUAUUAGAUUGUCUGUUGGAUGGAAAUGGAAUAUGUAAUGAAAAUAUUGCUUAGGCUUGAAGCACCAGGUGCAACGAGCAAAUUCAGGGGAAUGCUGAGAUGUUAACCUACUUUUUCCAUUUCAUCCGGCUUUGGGUGGAAAUACUGAAACAGCGAUUCAAUAUUACCAUAUUUGCGAUUCAACUAUGUAAUGUAAUGUUGUCACGGGCCACAGAUUAACUCUGAUUCAUUGUGAGAGUUCAUGGGUAAAAUUCAUGGGUCAUGCAGUAUUUGAAGUUAUACUGAAACAAAACUUUGAGGUGAUUUGCUGCUAUUGUUAAUGCUUGUUGUUUUGGAUGUAAGAUGAGGCUUUUAAGCUUUAAGAAAAGCAACUAUCACACAAUUCAAUCAUGAAGACGAAUAAAAUGUUGCAUUCAUGUUUCAGUAUUGUCAAUCAAUUAACAAAAUAAAUGUAUAACAAAUAGAUUGAAAAAAUAGCUUCAAAUGCACACCUUAAACAUUUAUUUUUCCUAAAUCAGCCAUUGCACGAUACCCAUAAUCAGUUGUUUUACUUUGCAAUCACAGUGAACUAGAGCUGGCAAAUCAAUUCAUGAACACAAUGCUGCUCUUCCAAUAAAAGACAAAACAAGAUCAGGAAAAGCUUGCGUAUUUCAUUCUUUGUUAACAAGUUUCACUGGAACACAGAUAAGUCUGUGAACUGUUUUUGAAGCCCAGCAACACGUUAAUGUACAAUAACGAAAAAAAACUAGUCCAACAUUGUACCUUUCAGAGAGGAUUUGACUGUCCCCCUUUCAAAUUCCGUUCUAAGGCAUACAUCAGUUAAAGAAUAAGACAGCAGGUGAAAUAUGUAGGCACUGUUCAACAAUAUUAUCCAUUGUCACAAACCAGCAAAAUUGAAGUUCACUUACAAGCUCUUGAGCGGUGUAAUAAGUUUAAAUAAUGUUACAUUUGGGAAAAAUGCUCUCUCACUUGCCAGUAGCUAGACCACGUUCAAUACCUUCUCAAGUUAGCUUAAUUUAGCUUAGCAUAAAGAUGACAAAUUGCUAGCCUGGCUCUGUCCAAAAUAUUUAAAAAAAAGAACUUUCAGCACCCUUCAACUCAUAAUUAUUAUGUGGUGUUAAUCCUUGAGUUUAAGACCAACAAGUAGGUGACCUUUGGUAUUUUAGGACAGAGCCAGGAUACUUGUUUUCUGUUUUUAUACUAAGCCAAGAUUCAUAUUUAACAGAUAUCAGUGUUAUCAAUCUUUUUAUUCAACUCUCAGGAAGAGAAUUUAACAAUUUUUGUCCAAAAUGUCCAACAAUGGCUUCUCUACUGCUUUUUAGCUUAUUUAAAUAAAGCCUCAAUUAGAACACAGAGGUCUUACAGGUCUUCUCUCUGCAUGCAUUUGCGAGGAUUGUAGUGUCAAUGCUCAGUGUCAUGUUAGGAGACAGCAAAGGAAUGAAAGUGUUGGAGUCCUUGUCCUCAACCUGUGCUCUGGUACUUGAGACAGAGGGUUCAAGUAAGAUUUUAGGGAAUGGUGGCGAAUCUCUGACAGAGCUGUUUUCCUCCGUCUGGGAGCAAACGAGUUCGCGGAAACACUCCCUGAACCGUGUGGACAGCAGACUGUAGAUGAUGGGGUUGACUGCAGAACUGAGAUAAAAGAAGACACCCGAGAGGAUGUGGACGUACUGAUAAAUGUUGUGCAUCAAAUCGGUCCACUGGCUGAUGGAACUCCAAAGGAGUCUCUCGAUGUGGAAGGGCGCCCAGCAGACUCCAAACACCGCCACCACGAUCGCUACAGGAUCAAACCAGAGAGAGGAUGGUUAAAAAGCUUAUUUUGUUGUUGUUGCAGGUUAACGCUUUUUGUUGUUACUGAUUUAAAAAACAUAGAAAGGUCUUAUCAUUUACUUUGACGUGCUGAAGUGGAAUGAGAAAAGAAAUCUCAUGAACUUUCUGUUGAUAUUGCCAGAACUGAUGAAACUAAAUACAAAGUCCCCCAGGUCUUCAAACUUUAUGGUAAUUGUGAUCUAAAUGUGUCACUCUGAGCAGCAGAGGUUGUUGUUAAAGCACUUAUUACAUUUCUGUUUAAUAAUCCAUCGCUAAUCCUCUCAGAGUGCUCCCACUGAAAAAGGUGCAGCAGGCUGUUUAUGGCCAUAUGGCAUCAAGAUAAAUGACUGACUGUUGAAAGCUCAGUGGCUGUCCACACAGUGAGAGAUAUUCAUAAAUGUGAGAGUGGCAAACCUUUCACUCUCUUUUCCAAAAGCAAAGUUUGUGAGUUUUGGCUAUUUUACCCUAAACAUAUAAUAGUUUUCUCUAAAUUAAUCUGAGAAGUCGGAAAAAAGAUUUCUUGUCCUUCACAGUUUUACAUUGAUAUUCUAUACCAUCUUGUUCCAGCUCAUCCUUGAAACUACAUGAUGUUCAUACCAAAUAAAUUAAUCAAACCAAAGUGAAAUAGAUAAUGAAACCAAAACAAGAGAGAAGUAUGUUUAUUUUCUUAUUAACUUCUCUACAUUUUACUUUUUUUGCAAGUAGUGGAAUCAGCCCGUCAGCCAUUUUUAAUCUUGAAGGGUUCAAAGCUUUUUAUCAAUGGCUUCUAACCAUGAGGUUUAUGCUUGUACUUGACUGACAGUUGUGUGAACUUAAUCAAAGUACAAGAUGCUGUCAGAUUUAAAUUUUUAUGAUGCUGAUAUGGCGAAUAUCAAAAAUGGGCUUCCUGACAUAUCCCUGUGGAAAUAUCAUUAUUACUCUGACCUUUGCAGUUAACAUAAGGUAAUUCCAUGUUGUCAUGACUCUCAAUGGUAUUCAACACCACAUUUUUAUUUUGUUUUAUGAUGAAUAUAUCAUUCUAGAAUGAAAUUA